UUAAAUAAUGAUGCAUAAAAUUUUAUUGAAAUUUAUUCAAAUUCAAGGUCCAAAAUUUAUGUUUCUAAACACUAUUUAAAAUUAAAAUUUAAAUUUUACCGCUGUAAUUCUAGAACCCAAACAAGGCGUAAUACUCAACGGUGGCGGUGGGUCAGCUCCGUACUCAACAGCUAGCUUCUAGAUACACGGGGCUAUUCAAUUCCAACAUCCUUUGCCGAAGAAACAGUUGGUCUCAUUACAUGCUCAUUUAAUUUCCCCCACACCCAUCCAACUCUCACCCAACUACCCUUUUCAUCUCUCCUCCCAAAUUUAUUCAAUCUCACCACCACCUCUCUAUUCACGCCUAAGAACUUAAAUCCAGAGUCCAACCAAAUCCAUCCAACACAAUAAUGUGUACCCUCAAUUGAAAACAUAUUCUCAGAUCAUAAAGCCACCACGUCCUCUUUAUUUCCAUCUCUAUGAAACAACCCAGAAGUCCUUGCUUGAAAACAAUGGCAUGCUUGUGAAUUCAGUAAGAUGAGGCAUAUAUAUUGCAACAAAUGAGUUUUUGAACAGAGCUGGCAGACUUCGAACCAAACAAUGGCUUCUUCUUCUUCUCUCUCUGUAUCGCUCUCUUCUCCAUUCAUCCUCAUCACCAUCACCACCUUUGUCAUGUUUACAUUUCCGUUGUCUUCUGCUGCUUCCUCCUUCAAGAAGAUCUACGCCUUUGGUGAUUCGUAUACGGACACCGGCAACACUCACUCAACCACCGGCCCAAACUCCUUUGUCCAUGUAUCGAGGCCUCCAUAUGGCAACACCUUCUUCCACCACCCCACCAACAGGUACUCAGAUGGAAGGCUUGUGAUUGACUUCGUAGCUGAAUCCCUCUCACUUCCCUACUUGCCACCCUACCUUAAUCGCAAAGCCGAUGUAUCCCACGGGGUGAACUUUGCUGUUGCUGGGUCCACAGCGAUCAAACAUGAGUUCUUUGUCAAGAAUAACCUCACUCUAAACAUAACUCCGGAGUCACUCCAAACUCAGCUCAUUUGGUUCAACAAGUUCUUGGAGGGUCAAGGCUGCAGGGGCCCAACGACAACACGCCAGUGCUCAGCAGUUUUUGAUGAUGCAUUGAUCUGGGUUGGCGAAAUCGGAGCCAAUGAUUAUGCUUACACCAUAGGGUCCUCAGUACCUGGCACUACCAUUCAGGAGCUGGCAAUCGAAAGUGUUACUGGGUUUUUAGAGACAAUGCUGAUGAAGGGUGCAAAGUACUUUGUUGUCCAGGGUCUGCCGGCAACGGGAUGCCUGCCCUUGGCUAUGAUACUGGCUGCUGAUAAUGACAGAGAUGACAUUGGUUGCGCUGCCAGUGCAAACAAACAGAGCUACAGCCACAACGUAGUCCUGCAAGCCAAGCUGCACGAUCUGAGGAGACAAUUCCCCCAUUCUGUUAUUGCCUAUGCCGAUUUCUGGAAUGUCUAUCACAUGGUCAUGAAGGGUGCUGGCAAGUAUGGCUUCAGGGAGCCCUUCAAGGCAUGCUGUGGAUCUGGCGGUGGGCCCUAUAACUUUGCUGUGUAUGCUGCGUGCGGCUCGCCCAGUUCAAGCUCCUGCGCAAAUCCUUCCCAAUACAUCAAUUGGGAUGGAGUUCACCUGACUGAAGCCAUGUAUAAAGUUAUUGCCGAUUCAAUCCUCCAAGGGUCGUUCUGUCACCCUCCAUUUGAGUACUUGUUGAGCAGAAAAGGGCAUCUGGGAUCAAGUGUUCACCACUGAUAAGUUUCAGCAGUUGACUGUUGUCAUUCCUCUGUCAAGUUGAUCCGGUAGUUUAAAACAUAGGUGUAUCAAUAACUCACAUAAUAUUUUGUAAUGCUGAAGCUUUGCUCGAGAUUUUUCCUCUUCAGAUUUAGAACAUAAAUGAAGAACUGUGAGGAAGUUUAUUGGGAAA